UAAAAUCAAACACUGAUCAUUACGUAUUGUUUAUUAAACAUUUUUUUAAAAAAUUGUUUUUGGAAAUUAUAAUAAAAAUUUUUAUAAACUUGAAAUCAUGAAAUUAUCAUUGUUAAUCUGUUUGAUUUUAUCCAUUCAUAUUGGUCAUUCGUUUGCAAAAGAUAUCCAUCAACAAUCAACAAUCGAAAUCGAUUCAAAUAUUGAACAAAUUGAUAAUCUUUUACAACAGAUAAAUGCCAAAUCAUUCGAUGAUGAUGUUAAUGAUUUUAUUCAAAAGAUAAAGGACUUAAUCAAAAAAAUUGAAGAUGAUAUAACAAAAGCCAUGAAAGAGGGUAGAGAUAAUGUUGAUGAUAUUAUUAAAAAAAUUGAAGAUAUAAUAAAAAAUAUCACUGUAGGAUUAUUUGGUUUGUCAGUAGAAAAAGAUGAAACAAAACGUAAAGAAUUGAGGGAUGCAAUACAACAACAGGUGGAUGAGUUAAACAAAUAUGAUGCACAAUUAAAUUCAGCUUCAUCAAUAAUUCAAUCAAAAUUUUUUUUAAUUUUUAUUAUGGUCAUUAAUUUUCUUAUAUUCAAAUCAUUCAGCUAAAUUGAUAUAACCAUUAUCACAUUAAUAUGUUUGAUCAAAUUUUGAAAUUAAAUAAAUAUUGA